AUGGUGUUUGCUGCGCUUUGGCUUGCAUCGGAGUUGGGCAUCCUGUCGCCCUUGUCUCCGCGCUUGAUCACAACGCUGAAGACGGACCCGCCUGGCACAAACGGCGCGAUGUCGGUGGACGGAACAGUCGCGUCCAUCACGAGUGGAGGGAUUGUCGACGUGUUGAUGGGCGGAGCUGGUUCUGAAAAACGCCCAGUUGAUUCGUUUCUUGGGGAAACGGUGCAGCAGACUCCGCGGUACUCCACAAAAAGCACGUUUGUGCUGCAGGACGCGAUCAAGGCAACUAGUCUUGAGGCGUUGUCGACUUCCAAAAUUUUGCCUGGUGGCCACUGUGUGAUGGGUGGCGGCCCCCCAUAUAUUGAGUGGAAUCCGGAGUUGAAUGCCUUAUACAAAGACAAUCUGAUUGUCCUAUCUACAAUUUCCCAAGAGACAGAGCUGUAG